CUCAUGCAUUGAAAUAACCUAUGGAUAGGUAGCGACGUAAACAGGAAACUGAUCAAAAUAAAAUCUAUUCUUCACUUCACACACUACUUUCUGCUUUAAAAACUGGUCAAAACUAGCGUUCACUGCUUCGAUCAAAAUCGCGAUAAACGAAUUGGACGUUACAUAAGUCUCAAUGGUUUUGUUUACGUAUUGCUGAUUGCGCCUAAAUCUUUACGAAGUACCUAAACCAUGAGUAGAGUGAUAGGUGGUUCCGCGUUAUCUUUCAUGAAAAGUCACAUAUUAUCGAAAAGUGUCAAUAAAAUAGACAUUUUUCUGAAUACAAUUAGAUGUUUUUCUGUAACUAAAACUAGAAACAUGAAGUUAGUUCAGUUUUCAUACAAAGAUAGUCCAAAAAAUAUACGUGUGGGCUACCUGGAAGGAGAUGAUAUUGUAGAUAUUAAUAAGGCGGACUCCAGUUUGCCGACCACUUUGCUCCAAAUACUCAGGAAUGGAGACUUAGAAAAAGUGAAGAAGUUGAAAUCAACAAAACCAGCAACUAUACCACUAUCAUCAGUCACUCUAACUGCACCCAUACAUGGUGUAGAUAAAAUCCUCUGUAUCGGCUUGAACUACAAGGAUCACUGCCAAGAGCAGAAUCUCACCCCACCUCCUGUGCCGAUGGUGUUCAGUAAAUUUUCAAGCACCAUCAUUGGACCUGAUCAGCCUGUUAGGAUCAGAACUGAUGUUACUAAGAAGGUGGACUGGGAGGUGGAGCUGUGCGUGGUGGUGGGGCGCGAGGCCAGCUGCGUGCGCGAGGAGGACGCGCUGCAGCACGUGGCCGGGUACACCGUCGCGCAGGACAUCAGCGCCAGGGACUGGCAGAAAGAGAAGAACAUGGGGCAGUUCCUGCUAGGGAAGUCCAUGGACACGUUCUGUCCGCUGGGCCCGUGCGUGCUGACGAGCGACGAGGUGGGCGCGGCCGUGGAGCUGCGCGUGUCCUGCUCGCUCAACGGGGUCCUCAAGCAGAGCAGCAGCACGGCGCAGCUAGUGCACUCCAUCCCGAGCCUGCUGCACAGGAUCUCCUCCGUGAUGACCCUGGUCCCCGGCGACCUGAUCCUGACGGGCACCCCGGGGGGCGUGGGCAUGUACCGGCAGCCCCCGGAGUACCUGCAGCCCGGGGACGUGCUCACCAGCGAGAUCGAGAAGAUCGGCGCCUUCGACGUUCGCAUCGAGAAGUUUUAGCGCGACCAACCCCCGCCCCGCACCGGCUGUCUCGACUCUAUUUCAGCCAGCGACUACCCACAUAUUAUUAUAUUGUAAUACCAUCGUUGUACUGAAUGAUAAUUAACUAAUUUGAAUCACACGGCAUUACCAUAGUCUUUGGGCGAUGACGAUCGUGCUAUUCGUGAAAGUCAUUCGUAAACAUUUGUUAAGUAAAUAUUUAAUUAGAAAACAUAUACGUACCGGCGGGACCGCGCGCCGCCCGCGGGGGACUCGCACUGGACAUCACUAUCAGUACAGGGUACUUGUUGUUCAAUGUAUGCUGGUAUUUGAUUCUACUAUUGGUGUUAAUGUUAAUGCUGACCUAAAACUGUUUUGUAACUGAUCAUUUAUAUUAU